AUGGUAGUGACAUACAAAGAUUGGGCUGAGAAGCUUCCGUUUGCCUUAUGGGGUUAUAAAACUUCUAUUCAUGCAUCGACUGGGGUAACACCUCACUCUUUGGUUUUUGGUAGUGAAGCGGUGCUUCCUAUUGAGGUGGAGAUACAAUCUUUGCAGAAUCCACUUCAUGUCAUCUUCCAACCAUUGCUUGUACCUAGCAGUGAGAUAGAUAUAUCAAGGAGGAGCAAUGCUUCUAAUCACCCUAUGGCGCGACCAAGCCUCACGAAACCUACCCAAGAUCCUGUUAGUAAACACCUCAAUGUGGAAGGCACCUUCAUCAUUAGGAGCUCCUUGACAUUCUCCAAAUUUCCUUGA